GCUGGGUUGGUUUAUUUAGCAGCGGCCUGAGCUGGGGCCAAGAGGGGAAGGUGAGAAGCGAAGAUGAACAGCGACACAAAAGCCAACAGCAACGUUGGAGGGGGAUCCAGAUCGAGGUUGAAUCACUACCUCUAUAGCGGUGACAAGAAACAUGUCUUCGUUGGUUUAACUCUCAUCACCGCUGUCUUUACCGUCCCAUGGUUCCUUAUGAACAGAGGGACCAAACACCAAUCUCAUCAAGAUUACUUGGAAAAAGCUGAUAAAGCAAGGAGCCAAAGACUCUCAUCCAGUUCUGCUUCUGCCAAAUGAGCUUCAUCAAUAUUCUGUUGAAGAGCAUACUUUUUCCGGUAACACUUAAUUAAAAGGCUUUAAAUAUGUUUGUUGGAUGUCCUUUUCUCUCUAGUUUUAUUCUAUGGAAUGGAGAUCCAUCUUCCUUUUUCCGUUGUCCCGUACUGCUAAAUUAGUUUUUUAUUUGGGAAAACAAAAAAGAAAUGAUGUAUAAGAAAAUUUCCUUAUAUAAUAAAAUUGGUUAGGUAUGAUUUACCUGUUUGAAGCACAGCAACUGGAUAGGGAGACUUCUCAUUGUAUGUGUGUGCACAUGUAGAAUGUAUCCCGUUUUUCGUAUGCAUUGGUAAUAAUUUCAUUGCAAUGUUUGUAUUAA